AUUGAGACAGAUUUGUAUAUACUAAACAACGGAUUCUGUAAGUGAAAUGUCGAAAAAACUGAAAGUUUCGGAAGGGGAUUGGACGUGUUCAGAUAAUAGUUGUGGCAAUCUGAAUUUCGCGCGAAGGACAAACUGCAAUCGUUGUGGCAAAGAGAAAGGAAAGGUUGUUGAUAGAGUGAAGAAAACUGGAUCUGAAAUUGGCAAGCAUAUAGCUGAAAAAAGCAAAGGCUUAUUUAGUGCAGAUGAUUGGCAAUGUGGAAAAUGUGGAAACAUAAAUUGGGCGCGACGCUCAACAUGCAAUGUCUGCAAUGCCCCAAAAAUUGGUCACAAAGAAAGAAGAACUGGUCUUGGUGGAGGUUUUAAUGAACGGGAAAAUGUUGAGUAUAUUGAGCGACAAGACUCCGAUGAUGAGUUUGAUGAGUUUGGUAGAAGAAAAAAAGGAGCAAAACAAAAGACUUCCAAGAACAAUGAAGAAAGAAGAAGAUUAAGUGCUGGUGAAGAUUUUAUCAAGCUAAGAAAUAUUGAGCCACAGCCUGACGAAGAUGAUGAUGAUGACGAUGAAGAUGAUAGUGAUGUUGAUCUUUCAAAAUACGAGUUGGAUGAUGACGAAGAGGAAACUCCAGCGAAGACCAAGGAAGAUUCACGGGAUCAGGGAGGGUUGAUCGACAAGGAUGGUGGCUCUAAAAGAUCACGUUCUCGCUCCCCUGCAUCGGAUGGAAGAAAGGUUCGUCGUCGUAGUUCAUCGUCCAGUUCUAGUUCAAGAUCAUCGCGGAGUUCGUCAUCCCGAAGUUCUUCAUCGGGGUCGGAUAGCAGAAGGAGUCGCUCAGAUUCACGUUCAAGGUCAAAAUCUCCAGGAAAAAAGUAAAGUAAAACCUGUACUCCUUCUGCACUCUACAUAAAAUCUUUUGCUUUUGCUUUUGCUUGUAUGCUGUACUUCAAAAAUGUGAUUCCUGUGAAAGCUCCAUUUAUUACAUUUUUGCAGCUCACUUUAAUGUAUACAGUUUUAAAUAAAUAGUUUUGAAGUU